UGUUGAGUGUAUACUCGACCAAGCAGCGGAGGCCCGGACCGUAACGCCGUUACUCGGUCCUGUCAACGGAUGACAGCGAUCGACGUGCCAUGCGGUUCAUCCUUCGUGUUCGGGCUUCGGGACCGAUCGGCCUCUUUCUUGAUCCAGCCGCUGCCGAGACAGGACGCGUUAGACGAGCGAAGUUUUAGCGUGUGUGUGUGUGCGUGUGUAAUAAGUGUAAUAAGUGUAAUGUAAUAAAUAAGUUUUAAUUUGUUGUAAACCGCAAUCGUCCGCGUACCGGCAUCAUUGUCUCCCCCGAUAUCACCAAUAUAAAAGUGGCGACGAGGAAAUUUGGUAAAAAAAAAAAGUGAUACACACGCAGAGCAACAAUUCCUUCCUCACGCAAACGCCGUCGUACGGACUCAUCGAUGGAGGAAGAGCAGCGCCGUCUCUCGCAGCAGUUCGAAACCCCGGGUACUGCGUUACUACAACCCGGAUACGGCCAACCGCUCCCGCCAAACGCUCCAGCGGUCGAGCAACAGGGAUCUCAAGCGUCCUCGGUACAUUUUUCGCCAUCGCUAUCAUCAGCGCCCACAAGCCUUCAUCCGCCAUCGCUCGCUCCAGCCGCUUCGAUGCAGCACCCGCCAUCGCUACCAGGCGUGUCACAAAACGGUGAGCCAACAAUGUAUCAAAUAAUGCAGCUUCUACGCCAAUUAAUGACAAAAAUUGAGCAGCAGCUACCAGUAGUGCAUCCGCCAAGUGCAUCACAGCAGCAACCACUAGUAUCGGAAAUCGCGUCGCAACCGCAGCAGCAGCAUCGGUCAGCUCCAGCCAAUCCGGAGCAAAUCCUGGACUCGCUGGCGAGAAACAUCACCGAAUUCCGCUUCGAGGCUGAAGCCGGUCUAACGUUCGAGGCGUGGUACUCGCGCUACGAGGAUCUGUUCGUCAGUGAUGCAGCCAGGAUUGACGAUGCGGCCAAGGUACGAAUGCUUAUGCGGAAGCUAGGAUCAAUGGAGCAUGAGAGGUACGUGAAUUACAUUUUACCCCGUAAUCCCCGCGAUUUAACAUUUGAGGCUACCGUGGAAAAAUUGAAGGCCAUUUUCGGCAAGGUCAGUUAUGGUGCGGAAUUGGCCCAAUUCCACAACAGAAGGGAAGCACUGACGACCGUUGGCGACUGUAUCCUCUUCGGAGAGAGGAUUGUGAUUCCCGCAGCUUUGCAGCAGAGAUGCCUUAGACAGCUUCAUCAAGGGCAUCCGGGCAUCCAGCGAAUGAAGGCGAUUGCGCGCAGUUUCGUGUAUUGGCCAUCAUUGGACAGCGACAUCGCCGAUCGAGUUGCUUCAUGCGAAGCAUGCCAGGCUGCGGCGAAAUCACCACCAUCCCAGAUACCAUCAUGUUGGCCGAAGCCACCUGGGCCUUGGCACCGCGUACACAUCGAUUACGCUGGACCUGUGGAGGGAGCCUAUUUCCUGAUUGCGGUAGAUGCCUACUCCAAGUGGCCGGAAAUCAUUAAAACUUCCAACGGCCAGGCAGAGCGAUUUGUGGAUACCUUCAAGCGAUCACUGAAGAAAAUACGGGCGAGGAACGUGUCCCUUGAAGAGGCCCUGGACUUGUUUCUUCUCACGUAUCGCUCAACACCAAAUCCUGCUUUGGACCAGCGCACACCAGCCGAAGUGAUGUUUGGAAGAACGACCAGGACAAUUCAUCAUCUAUUGCGCCCUCCUGCAGCAUCGGAGUCUACAGCGAAGGAUGACUUUCGUGAAUACCAGCCUGGUGAUUUAGUGUAUGCCAAGGUGUAUCGGGCAAACUCUUGGAAUUGGAUAGCAGGGAGGAUUGCUCGCAGAAUUGGCAACGUCAUGUACGAGGUUGUGUCGCACGACCAGAGAAGACUUCGGCGUCAUGUGAAUCAGCUCCGCCGCCGUGUCGCUAGCUCAUCAGAACGGAACGAGAUGGAUCAGCACCAAUUUCCCCUUAGUUUACUUUUAGAUGAGAUGAGUUUGACGUCUCGUCAGCAGUCGCCGUCCGCUUCGCUGCCAACGGAGCCAGCCUCAUCUUCAGCAGCACCGGCGCUGACAGGGGUUCAGCGAGCACCGGCAUCAUCGCCAGCAUCAUCCGUGCAACCGGAGGUACAACGAGCGGCUUCGUCUAGUGGCAGCAGCAACACCCAGCAGACACAGCUACCACGACGAUCUUCUAGGACUAGAAGACUGCCUCGUAGGUUCAGCGCGUAUCGGCUGAAUUAAAAGGGGGAGGUGUUGAGUGUAUACUCGACCAAGCAGCGGAGGCCCGGACCGUAACGCCGUUACUCGGUCCUGUCAACGGAUGACAGCGAUCGACGUGCCAUGCGGUUCAUCCUUCGUGUUCGGGCUUCGGGACCGAUCGGCCUCUUUCUUGAUCCAGCCGCUGCCGAGACAGGACGCGUUAGACGAGCGAAGUUUUAGCGUGUGUGUGUGUGCGUGUGUAAUAAGUGUAAUAAGUGUAAUGUAAUAAAUAAGUUUUAAUUUGUUGUAAACCGCAAUCGUCCGCGUACCGGCAUCAUUGUCUCCCCCGAUAUCACCAA